AUGAUCAUGAGUGCGCUUGAGGCACAUUUAAUCGCGGCCACAGGGUGGCCGCAAUGGGCGUUGCGCACGUUAACCACGCUUGGCGUGAUGACUGUCUCUGUCGUUUGCGCCGAGACCUUCCAGGCCGCGCGGGCCAAGAAGGACUCGGGGGGAGACCACCAAACCGGGGUGAUACCAAAGGGCUUUCGGCUGUUCCAGCUGCAGUACCUUUCGGUCUACCUGACCAUCAUGCUGGCGGACUGGCUGCAGGGGACCAACAUGUACACCUUAUACGACGGAUACGGAGUUGACAUCGGUAUACUGGAUUUAUUUGCUGUUUGGCUGGAGCUUCCGUUGCUUAUCCAAGUUACCAUCUUUUGCUGUUUCAGACUAAACGUUACGACAGAACAUAUAUCCCGCAGGUUCGCUCUUUCUCACCGGCUUCCUGUCCUCCGCGGUUUUCGGUACCUUUCUGGGCAUUUACGUCGACAAGUGGGGACGAAGAUUUGGAUGCAUCAUCUUUUGCGUCCUCGAGAUCAUCAUCAACCUCCUGGAGCACGUAUUGAAUUUCAGGCCUUGAUGGAGUUUCUAACACAUUGCAAUGACUCAGUGCGCAAUGACUUUUAGCAAGUAAUUGAAUUCGGAAUCGGAUGCAUCUCUUUUCGAAGGUAAACAACUUUCCGCUCCUGCUCUUCGGACGAGUUUUGGGCGGUAUGACGACGAGCAUUUUGUUCAGUGCCUUUGAGUCCUGGAUGGUGACUGAGCACCGAAAACGCAACUUCCCGGAAAAGCUGCUGGAGUCAACGUUUUCGAUUGCCUCGGCGGGGAACGGGCUCGUCGCCAUCAAGGCUGGCGUCGUGGCCCAGGUGGCCGCGGAUGUUGCCGGGGACAUUGGGCCCUUCCAAUUAGCAAUCUUCUUGACGGUGGUUACCCUGGCCAUGGUGUGGUUCUGGCCCGAAAACAAGGGAGACGCUACCGCCCUGCAGAGCAUAACGUCCGGCUUCAAGGAGGUACGAAUGCGGUUCAACUUUUCUUGUUCAACCGUGCGUGUUGUGCAUCCGUUAGCACUUAAAUUGAAAUUUGAACUACACAAUUACAGGCAAUGCAGUUGAUUCGCCGCAGCCCAGCGAUGCUCUGUCUGGGGCUGUCCCAAGCAUUUUUCGAAGGUGGCGUGUACACUUUCGUCUUCAUGUGGGUACCCAACAUGCAGCUCGUGGCUGGCACAAAGGACCUGCCUUACGGGCUAAUCUUCAGCUGCUUCAUGCUCAGCAUGACGCUCGGGGGCGCUCUCAGCGGUAUAGCCCUCUUUCGACUGGCUUUCGCAUGCUUCAUAUGGUGAUAGGUUUUUUCCUUUGUCAUUAACCGAUGGCUCUCCAAUGAGGUUAAAGAUCACUGCGGAACAUGAAAAUGCAGUGGUGAACAUGAUCACAAUCAGGUAUCCUGAUCCCGUAUCUCGGCGCCCACAUGAUGUGCAUCACGGUUUACAUUUGCGCCGCCUGCGCAAUGGCCGUGCCGAUUUUCAUGUACGAUUUCUGGCCCGUGCUGGUGUGUUUCCUAUCACUGGAGUGCGUUCUGGGCAUGUUCAACGCCGGCGGGGGGUUGCUGCGAUCGCAGUUUUACCCGGAAGAGAUGCAGUCCUCCCUAAUGUCGGUGUUCCGCAUCCCGCUGAAUUUGCUGGUGGUUUUCGGAACCAAACUCACCUCGUACGCGCAGAAGCAAGGCGCGGCGAGCCUGCAAAAGGUUUUUGGCGUCGUCGUCACCAUGCAUCUGAUCGCGCUGGGUUUCCAACUCGCUCUCCGGUAUCUGGUGUCCAAAGAGGCUGCUGGUUCUGCCGAAGGCGCGCCGGUGAAGAAAGCCUCCAAGUCCUCGAAGGGGCCUGUCGAAGACGAGCCAGAUGGGAAGAAGAGUGAGACGCUCAGAAAACGGGCAAGCACAAGCACGGGCCGGGGCAAGAGUCCAAAGGCGGGAAAGAGUCCGAAAUCGGCCAUGAAAAAAAGUCCAGCCAAACGAGGAGCGUCCAUCAGCAGCCCUAAGAAAAACAGGUAGUUGAAGUCGAGAAGAAAAUGGCUGUGAAUUUUUUUUACAUUGUUCUCGUCGUGGGGCUAUGGAUACGGUCUCGACCUA